AUGUCUAGAACUGACACUUUCAAGGUCAAGCACCUUGGACGCGACGACGUCUUUGAGCGACCUGAUAUCUUGAUCAAUCCUUCUCUAUCGAAAUUUGUUACUACAGACGCAUCUAUCGAUCCUAAUCUCAUCACAUUCCAUCGCUCUUUUCCAGAAUCGAAGACAACCCCACUAAUAGAACUCCCUGAGCUGGCUCAAGAAUUGGGUAUCGGCCACGUAUAUGUCAAAGACGAGAGUCUUCGGUUUGGCCUCCCAUCAUUCAAAAUCUUGGGUGCAAGCUGGGGAGUUUUCAGAGCCAUAUGCGAGAGAACAGGUCUUGCAUCGUCUGCAUCGCUUGAAGAAGCUGGCCAUGCAGCUCGGGAUGCAAACAUCAAGUUGGUAUCCUGUACUGACGGCAAUUGGGGAAGGGCAGUCGCGCGUACUGCCAAAUACAUGGGCAUCGAAGCCACGAUCUUCGUUUCUAGGACCAUGGAUGAGGCAACCCGGCAGAAACUGCGUAGUGAGGGUGCCACCGUCAAUGUUGUCAAUGGCAGUUAUGAUGACAGUAUCGCUGCAACCGUGAAAGAGUCUGAGAGCUCCGGAGCUUUGCUCGUGAUGGACACGAGCUGGGAAGGGUAUUCCCAAAUACCACGGUGGGUUGUCGACGGUUAUGCCACUAUGCACGCGGAGGUAGAUCGCCAGCUUGAAGAGGCAUGUGGGAAAGAGCCAUCGCUUUGCAUUGCCUCUGUUGGUGUUGGCUCAUGGGCACAGUCUGUCGUCUCUCACUAUACGGGCCAUAGCUCAGACAUAAAGGUGGUCACAGUGGAAUCAGAAGCAGCACCAUGUCUGAUGGAAAGUCUUCACAAUAAAAAGAUUGUUCCGGUCGAAACAGGCUCAACAAUCAUGGAUGGUAUGAACUGCGGUACUGUUUCCACUAAUUGCUGGCCCUCUCUUAAGUCAGGAGUUUAUGCUUCAGUGAUCGUCAAUGACCUUGAAGCACACCAUAAUGUUCUCUAUCUACAAGAUCAUGGUGUGAAUGCAGGUCCAUGCGGAGCAGCGCCAUUAGCAGCUUUGAGAAAACUGCAUGAGAGAGGCAUGCUACAGGAAGAUCAUGAUGCAGUGGUCGUCUUGUUUAGCACCGAGGGACACAGAGACUACAUCUUGCCUACCUCGGAGGACUAG